AUGGCUACCCCACAGACUUCACAAACUGUUGCGUCUCACGUUCCUUUUGCAGAUUUAUGUUCAACUUUAGAACGAAUACAGAAAAGUAAAGGACGGGCAGAAAAAAUCAGACACUUCAGGGAAUUUUUAGAUUCUUGGAGAAGAUUUCAUGAUGCCCUUCAUAAGAACCAAAAAGAUGUCAGGGACUCUUUUUAUCCAGCAAUGAGACUUAUUCUCCCUCAGCUCGAAAGAGAAAGAAUGGCCUAUGGAAUCAAAGAAACCAUGCUUGCUAAACUUUAUAUUGAAUUGCUUAAUUUACCUAGAGAAGGAAAAGAUGCCCUUAAGCUUUUAAAUUACAGGACACCCACUGGAACUCGUGGAGAUGCUGGAGACUUUGCGAUGAUUGCGUAUUUCGUGUUGAAACCAAGAUGUUUGCAGAAAGGAAGUUUAACAGUACAGCAAGUAAAUGACCUUUUAGACUCAAUUGCCAGCAAUAAUUCUGCCAGAAGAAAGGACCUAAUAAAAAAGAGUCUUCUUCAGCUUAUAAGUCAGAGUUCGGCACUGGAACAAAAGUGGCUUAUACGGAUGAUAGUAAAGGACUUGAAACUUGGCUUUAGUGAGCAAUCUGUAUUUUCUGCUUUCCACAACGAUGCUGCCGAGUUGCAUAAUGUCACCACGGAUCUUGAAAAAGUCUGUAGGCAACUGCACGAUCCUUCCGUCGGACUUACUGAUAUUUCUAUCACUUUAUUCUCUGCCUUUAAACCAAUGCUGGCUGCCAUAGCAGAUAUUGAGAGAAUUGAGAAGGACAUGAAACACCAGAGUUUCUACAUUGAGACCAAGCUAGACGGUGAGCGUAUGCAAAUGCACAAGGAUGGGGAUGUGUAUCAGUACUUCUCCCGGAACGGGUUUAACUAUACAGAUCAGUUUGGAGAUUCUCCACGGGAAGGCUCUCUUACACCAUUCAUUCACAGUGCAUUCAAAACAGAUGUGCAAACCUGUAUCCUGGAUGGUGAGAUGAUGGCCUUCAACCCUAAUACACAAACUUUUAUGCAAAAGGGGAAUAAGUUCGAUAUCAAGAGAAUGGUGGAAGAUUCCGAUCUGCAAACUUGUUACUGUGUUUUUGACGUACUGAUGGUUAAUAAUAAAAAGCUAGGGCGUGAGACCCUGAAAAAGAGGUACGACAUUCUCACUAGUGUUUUUACACCAAUACCAGGUAGGAUAGACAUAGUGCAAAAAACACAAGCUCAUACGAAAAAAGAAGUAAUUGAUGCUUUGAAUGAAGCAAUAGACAAAAGAGAAGAGGGAAUCAUGAUCAAACACCCUCUAUCCAUUUACAAGCCAGACAAAAGAGGUGAAGGAUGGUUAAAAAUUAAACCAGAGUAUGUUGAUGGGUUGAUGGAUGAACUGGACACCUUAAUUGUGGGGGGCUAUUGGGGUAAAGGUUCGCGAGGCGGAAUGAUGUCUCAUUUUCUGUGUGCUGUAGCAGAGAAACCUCCUCCUGGUGAAAAACCCUCCAUGUUUCACACUCUCUGUCGUGUUGGUUCAGGUUAUACCAUGAAAGAACUGUAUGAUCUGGGUUUGAAAUUGGCCAAGCAUUGGAAGCCUUUUCAUAAAAAAGCUCCACCAAGUAGCAUCUUAUGUGGAACAGAGAAGCCAGAAGUAUACAUUGAGCCUUGUCAUUCUGUCAUCGUUCAGAUUAAAGCAACAGAGAUCGUCCCCAGUGAGAUGUAUAAAACUGGCUGCACCUUGCGUUUCCCCCGAAUUGAAAAGAUCAGAAAAGACAAAGAGUGGUAUGAAUGUACCACCCUAGAUGACUUAGAACAACUUCGAGGGAAAGCAUCUGGAAAGCUUGCGUCCAAACACCUUUAUGUCGGGGGUGAUGAUGAACCACAAGAGAAGAGGCGGAAAGCUGCCCCAAGGAUCAAGAAAGUUGUUGGAAUCAUUGAGCACCUAAAAGCACCUAACCUUUCUAAUGUAAACAAAGUUUCUAAUGUAUUUGAAGAUGUGGAGUUUUGUGUUAUGAGUGGAACAAAUAGCCAUCCAAAGCCCGAUCUGGAGAACAGACUUGCGGAAUUUGGUGGUUAUAUAGUACAAAAUCCAGGCCCAGACACCUACUGUGUGAUUGCAGGGUCCGAGAACAUCAGGGUGAAAAACAUAAUUUCUUCCAAUGAACAUGAUGUUGUCAAGCCUGAGUGGCUGUUAGAGUGUUUUAAGACCAAAAGCUGUGUUCCGUGGCAACCUCGCUUUAUGAUUCAUAUGUGCCCAUCGACGAAGCAGCAUUUUGCCCGUGAAUAUGAUUGUUAUGGUGAUAGUUAUUUCGUUGAUACAGAUUUGAACCAACUGAAAGAAGUGUUCUCAGGAAUUAAAAAUUCCGGCGAACAAAGUCCUGGAGAAACAGCUUCCAUGAUUGCUAAUUUAGAAUAUCGAUAUUCCUGGGACCACUCCCCACUCAGUAUGUUUCGACACCACAUUAUUUAUUUGGACUUGUAUGCUGUUGUUAAUGACCUGAGUACCAAAAUCGAGGGGACGAGGUUAGCUUUUACAGCUUUGGAACUUCGAUUUCAUGGAGCAAAAGUAGUUUCUUGUUUAGCUCAGGGAGUGUCUCAUGUAAUCAUUGGGGAGGAUCAUAGUCGUGUUGCAGAUUUGAAAGCUUUUCGAAGAACUCUUAAGAGAAAAUUUAAAAUCCUGCAACAAGAUUGGGUAACUGAUUCAAUAGACAAGUGUGAAUUGCAGGAGGAAAAUCAGUAUUUGGUUUAA